AUGCCAACGUCCAUAAUCGGCCUCUCGGGCCCCUCCUCCAGCGGGAAAACAACCCUCGCCCGCCUCCUGCAGCGCAUCUUCUCCAACCAGCCACAAGACCAACCACAAACAGGGAAACAGAUAUCGACGUUCAUAAUCCACGAAGAUGACUUCUAUCAACCUGACGACAGGAUCCCCUACACCACGACCAAAUCCGGCGAGCGCAUCCAAGACUGGGACUGCCUGGGCGCCCUGGACAUCAACUUCCUGACCGCGGCGCUCCGCUACGUGCACGAGCACGGCCACCUCCCGCCCCGCCUGCGCUCAAAGGAGGAUCUGAAUGAUGUUUCGCCGGGGUCAGGGGUUGAGGAUACCCUGGUCGACGAGUUGAGGAAGACCGUCUCGGCGCGGAUGCAUAAGAUCCUGUCCUCGUCGACAACGGGGGAGGAAAAAUUGACGCUAGCGCUGCUGGAGGGCUUCCUACUCUAUGCGCCACCCGAGAAGGAGAAAGGGGGGUGCGGGCAUGGGCUCCGUGGGGUCCACGAUCAGAUCGACCUGCCGAUGUUUCUGGCUGCGCCGUAUGGCCUGGUGAAGGAGAGGAGGGAGAAGAGGAGCGGGUAUGUGACUAUUGGGCCUGCGCCGACGACGGAGUUGCCGCAGCGGUCGUCAUCCGCUUUGGAGGCAGAGGAGGGAGGGGUGGAUUUGGAGGCAGAGGAUGAUCGGCCGCCGCAGAAUUUCUGGACGGAUCCGCCGGGUUAUGUGGAUGACGUUGUCUGGCCGCGGUAUGUGAGGGACCAUGCGUGGCUGUUGCUCCCUGAGGAUGGCGGAGCAGACUUGUCUACUGAGGACGAGGACGAUUUGAUCAAAAGAGCCGGGCAGGGCGUGAAGCUGAGGACGGAUGCUGGCGUUACUGUUGCUCCUGGUCAAGGAGACCUUCCGAUGGCGGACCUGCUAAAGUGGGCUGUUGAAGAGGUUUUGAAACACGUAGGACAAAGCACAGAGCUCUGA